AUGAAGGAGAUUUUAGAAUCUCAACAUGAGGACAAGGAGAUGGGGUAUGUCUUGCAACAAGUGGAGGAGGACAAGAUUGUUAAUGAAGAAGAAGUGAUUGAAGACCUAGGCGAAGUUGAACAAGAGGUGGAUUUCAAACUUGAGAACACUUCCACACCAAGUGAUGUUGUUGAAGAUUUUAUGGAAGCUGUUGAGCCUUCUUCCAAUGGGCUUGAAUUUGAUGUUGAGGAGGAUAAUGCGCAACCUCCAAGGCAUAAUAUGAGUGAUGAAAGAUUGGAAGAAUACACAUCCGUUGAACAUCCACAAGCCAAUGGACAGGCUGAAGCCGCUAACAAAGUCAUAUUGGCCGGAUUAAAACGGAGAUUACAAGACGCAAAUGGAGCCUGGGCAGAGGAGCUUCCACAGGUUCUAUGGGCAUACCAAACGACGCCACAUUCCACCACAAAGGAAUCCCCUUUCCGAUUAGUAUACGGAAUGGAGGCAAUGAUUCUAGUAGAAAUCGAAGAAGGAUCGCCCAGAGUAGUUCACUAA